CCGGUACGAUCACACGUGUUCUUAUUAAUCUAAUAAUCUCACACCGUCUCUUACUCCCAUCCUCUCCUCUUGUCUGCCUCUCCUCUCAUUUUGCCGGCGGUUCUUUUUUUUUUUUUUGGAAUACAAAAAAAUAAAUAUAAAAAAAUUAGAACGAAUAUCAACAAACAAUCUGAGAUUGGGAAGGUUUGGCUCUGUUUUUGAACAAGAACAAUAGGAAUAUCUCCAGAAUAUUUGAAUCUGCGGAGCCUUUGGUGGAAUCGAUUUCUUCAAUUCAUUGGUUGAUCGGAUGAGACCGAGUAGCGUCGGGGAUAUGACGUCAUCUUCUUCGUCGUCGUCUUCGGUGGCGGUCGUGGUGGCCUACCAGCUCACGGAGGCUUCCAAUUGGUGGAACGAUGUAAAUGAAUCUCCGCUCUGGCAGGACCGCAUCUUCCAUCUCCUCACCGCUCUCUACGCCGCCGUAGCCACCAUUGCUCUGAUUCAAUUGGUUCGUAUACAAUUGAGAGUGCCGGAAUAUGGUUGGACGACGCAGAAGGUUUUCCACUUUCUCAAUUUUGUGGUGAAUGGGGUUCGAGCUUUUGUUUUUGGGUUCCGCCGCGAUGUGCAGAAGUUGCAGCCGGAGAUUGCACAACAUAUCUUGCUUGAUAUGCCAAGUCUCGUUUUUUUUACAACUUAUGCGCUUCUAGUUCUGUUCUGGGCAGAAAUUUACUAUCAAGCACGCGCUGUAUCAACUGAUGGGUUGAGGCCAAGUUUCUUAUCUAUUAAUGCGGUGAUCUAUGUAAUUCAGGUUGCAUUGUGGUUAGUAUCAUGGUGGAAGCCAAUCCGACUUGUCGUCAUCCUGUCUAAGAUAUUCUUUGCAGGUGUAUCGCUGUUUGCAGCCCUAGGGUUUCUUCUGUAUGGAGGAAGACUUUUCUUGAUGUUGCAACGAUUCCCCGUAGAAUCAAAGGGGCGACGUAAGAAGCUGCAGGAGGUUGGCUACGUGACAACCAUAUGCUUUUCAUGUUUCCUUAUCAGAAGCAUAAUGGUGUGCUUUAACGUCUUUGAUAAAGCUGCUGAUCUUGAUGUUUUGGAUCAUCCAAUUCUAAAUUUGAUAUAUUACGUGUUGGUGGAGAUAUUACCCUCUUCUUUAGUUCUGUUCAUUUUGAGGAAGUUACCUCCUAAACGUGGGAUCACACAAUAUCAUCCAAUUCGCUAGAGGAAUCGUAACUUAAUUUUGUGCAAACAAAGCGAGAUGGGGUGGAGGUAUAAAGUGUUAAUGUUUUUCAAGAUGCUUAUCUACCUCUAAAGGAGCGAACUUUUAGAAAGGAGGGAAAAAGUUGACCUCUUUGUGGUUUAAGGAACUCAUGGGUUAAGUUUGUUCUGUUUAGUAUGUUAUAGAUCCUGUUGAAAAGAAUGAUCUUUCUUAGUAUUGUGAAAUGUCCUCAUGACUGCUGUUUGU